UUCAUGGCCGGAUUAAAAAAAAUGUUUUAAAUCUUUAACUUUCUUUUUGGUGUUGGGGCAAGAUUAAUACCUAUCCAAUAGAUCCAGCCAUCCUCGGGCGGGCAUGGAAAUAUAUAUUAUAGAUCAAACCUAAUCAACCCAUGUUUUAGUACUUUAUGAAAAGCUCAUUAGAAAACUAAAAGUAAAUUAUACUCGUAAUCUUUGAUAAUUUUAUACACAAGCUUACUAAUUUGUUGGUCCACAGAAUUAUGGCUGCCUGCAUCACUUUUGUCCCUUUCCUGAUCUUCCCUUCAGCUUCCCUUCUCUUUCUCCGCACUUGAUUCCCUAUUUUUUUUUUUCUAUUCGUUCUAGGGUUUGAAUUAUUAGAGCCUUUCACUAGCUUCCUUAAAGAAUCAUAAAAUAAUGAACUAUUAUUUUUAGUUUCCCUUAUUUUUCUAUAUUUUUUUCCUUUGUUUUCUGUUUGCUUUAGCUCUGUGUAUGGCUGGCUUAGACUUGGGCUCAGCUUCUCGCUUUGUUCAACAGCUUCAUCAACGCCCUGACCUUCACCUGCAAGGGCCAUCCGACGAUGAUGACAACGACCAGAACCAAGACAAUAGCGUCCCACAAGAGCUUGAGCGGGUUAACCCUAACCCAGGUCCAGGCGAUGUUGUCGUGGGUCGCCGGGCUAGGGGUCGGCCCGCGGGUUCAAAAAACAAGCCUAAACCACCCGUGAUCAUCACCAGGGAGAGCGCCAACACUCUCCGAGCUCAUAUCUUGGAAGUAAGCAGUGGCUCCGACGUGUUUGAGUCCGUGGCCAUGUAUGCACGGAAGCGUCAGCGUGGGAUCUGUGUGUUGAGCGGUAGCGGCACCGUCUCCAACGUCUGCUUGCGGCAGCCUUCGGCAGCUGGUGCAGUCGUCAAACUGCACGGCCGGUUCGAGAUAUUGUCUCUGUCGGGCUCUUUUCUUCCUCCGCCGGCGCCGCCCGGUGCGACGAACCUGACCAUAUUUUUGGCAGGCGGGCAGGGACAGGUAGUAGGAGGGAACGUUGUGGGAGCUCUGAUUGCAGCCGGGCCAGUCAUCGUUAUCGCCUCGUCGUUCACUAACGUGGCGUAUGAGAGACUGCCCUUGGAUGAGGAACAGGAACCAUUGCAGCUGCAACAACCAGUCUCACAGUCGUCCGGUGGUGGCAGCGGUGGAGGCGGUGGCGGAGUGAGCAACCCAUUUUCGGACCCGUCUUCGGGGCUUCCUUUCUUCAAUCCGCCGCUCAACAUGGCGAAUGGUCAGUUACCUGUUGAUGGUUGGGCUGGGAACUCAGGUGGCAGGACGCCUUUUUAAUUGACCUUUUGUGGUCAGAAAUUAAGGUUAGGGCACAUCUCAGCUUAGACUUGAUCAAUGUCUGCGUACGCACUUAAUUCCUCUCUUGUUUAAUUACGUUUGGUAAUGUUGUAAACUUAAUUUGUUCUCUGAAUUCUGAGAUUCUUCUGAGCUACUACUUGAUCUGUAUGAAAUUCCGCCUCCUUUACUUAACUAGCUAGUAAUUCAGUCAGUAGUUUGAGCACAUAUAUCAUGUCUCGAUCAUAUGAAGGAGGAGUACUAAUUAGA